CGCGCGUGCUGUUCCGCAGAGUUUUGGAUGUUCAAUAAAUCUGCGUUGCCGCGGUAGCGUAUUCGACAAGUGACAACACAAGUUAAACGCGUUUUCCGUGGUACCGCGUCUGCCGUCUGUAGGCAGCCUUAGAAGCGAAGGAAGACGGAUAUGGUUCGUUAUCGUUAGGUCAAUUCUUGAACACAACGUAUGUAAUUCGUCGACACCGUCGCGCUUAGAAUUUAACUCGCGAAGGUUCUUAACCGUGAACUCUCGCGCAGUUCCUUAGAAGUGAAGGCCUUUUUUGUCAAUUUAGCGGGUCGGGCUGCUAGCCUUUUAACGAAUAAAUUCGAAAUACAGGGUUUUUCUAUUGAGUUUAGGCUAGCCGCACACUUUUUCCUGCUCUGUGCAAUUGCUUUUUAGUAAGCAGCAUGUUUUUUAGGAUACCCGCGUCGGAUUUUUAAGUGCAAGCAAUUGAUUUCGACAUGCUAGCUUCUGGCAGCUUUGAUGCCGCAGUGUAUAACCUCGAAGUUGAAAGAUUGAAUUUUAUUAUGAAGUGCUGUUUACACGAGAAAAUGUUUGUUUUUUUUUAUUCAUAAAGAACGGCCUGACCGUAUUGCUGAAAUGUUUGUUUUUAAUAAUUAUUGAUAUUGUUUGUAAAAUAUAUUUCAUAAAUUAAAUACAAUUUAAUUGAACAAAGAUUUGAUGCUGUCUUCGAAGUGCAAUAUUCACAACCUCGCAUGUAACAUUUGCUGGUAACAAAAAUGCUGUGUUGUGAAAAGUCAGAUACAUAGUUGUUCAUACAAAAUGUGAGGACUUUGCUGUACGUAAAGAGUUACAUAUAUUUGAAUGAUUUAAUGAAAUCAAAUAAUAAUGCUAAUCGCCAACCAAGUAAGACGUUGAUUGAUUUUAAUUUACGAAAUAUAUUUUACAAACAACAAUAUCGAAGAUUAUUAAUUUCCUCGUGUUAACAGCACUUCAUUAUAAAAUUCAAUCGUUCAACGUGGGAGCUAUAAACAUGCGUCCUUAAAGCUGUCAGAAGCUGGCAUGUCGAGAUCAAUUGCUUAUACUUAAAAAUUAGACGCGGGUAAAAGUGUGCAGCUAGUCUAAACUGAAUUGAAAAACCCUGUAAGAUGGUUCCUUCGGAUUUUGUAUCCACACCGGUAACGAGAUCAUCCAUGUAGUAAUUGUUGCUUAAUAUUUUUGGUGCCUGGGGGUAUUCCAUUUUACCGUGUUCUGCUAGCCCCUUGUAGUCAGAUAUGGAGCCGACGAAGUUCCAUAGGUGAUGGUUUUCAUUUGAAAGGUUUUCAUCUCGGCUUCUGGAUCAUCCUUCCAAACAAUUUGUGGCAAUGGUCGAUCUGUCUCCCGAAUCCGGACUUGGCGAUACAUUUUUUUCUAUGUCUGCAGUGAUAGCGUAUUUCGGUACACGAAUCCGAAGCAUUAUUCCGAUGAGGUCUUCCUGUAUCACUGGACCGACCAUUAGGGCGUCGUUCAGCGAUAUGCCCGAAGUUGUAGCACAAGAAGCAUCAAACACCAAGAUAGAAUGGGCCGGAACGUAAAGGUUGAUGGACGAGAGUAGUGUAGCAGAGUCAACGUCAACCAUUCAUUAGACCCGCUACGAACAAUCUCCUAGCGUUCAGCAACCUUUCCUCGAGGAGCGAUAGGCCAAGCAGCAAGCACCUGGUCCGAUAGUGGAGUUGGCGAUCCCAGGAACACAAGGCGAAGCGCGUAAAUUUCCGCUGGAUGGACUCGAGUCGUGCAAGUGGCCGAGCUGCCGUAGGCCACCAAACGUCAUUGGCGUACUCCAGUACCGAUCGGACGAGCGAACAGUACAGCGUUUUAGCACAAACAGGGUCACGGAGCUCGCGGGUAAGGUUAACAACCAGACCGACCAAACGAUUUUCCCUAGCGACAGCGUGUUCGAGCUGAUCCUUGAAGGAUAGUCUCGAAUCUAGAAGAACACCAAGGAUCGUAAUAAAGGAUCGUAAACACGGGGACCAUGGUCGGUGUACGCUAUCAAAAUUAAACGCAAUUUGCUGAUCUCUCAUCUAAACCAGUGUGAUGGUGACUUCACACUGGUCGCAGGUUGAAGGUUUCAUUCUUUUUUGGUUUUCACUUUCUUUUACCACCUUGAUAGAAAAUCAAGCUACGGCUUGAAACACCCCCCUUCCCAUCCCCCUCCCCCUGUUGCAUCAGGUGACUGCAAUUGACCAAAUGUGCGUGUGUAUGCCCCGAGAAAAUUUAUCUGCUGGGAAAUCUAUGACACAGGUCCUACUGGUGCUAGUGAUCAAAUCCACCAGGGCCUCCUUUUGCUUCGAAGACCAAAAAACCUGGACAGAAGAAUGCCGUGGAUGUGGAUGAACGGGAAGAAAACUUCACCUUCUCAUUUUUGCCCCUUCUACCUUUCUUCUAGAACGAUCCGCGAAGCGAUUCCCCAGCAAUCUGUAAUAAAAUGAUUGCUGAAUUAUUAAUCCUUCGAUUAACAUUUUCACAGUGCCUCUACCCCGUGGAGAUGUCGCGGUGUCGUUAUCCUUGCGAAGGGGUCUUCCCAUUUCUUCGCUUACUUAUUUAGCAUCCUAUCACUUUUCAUCGCUCCCUUCGUUCAUGCUUCCACAACUCCUCACAAACCGCUAGCGUAUUCGGACAAACGGGAGGGGCAUAUUUUCGCUUGGGAGCAAUAGGAUGUUGCUGCGCGAGCAGGAAAACUGCUAGCGCCAUGGUACCAGUAGCGGAACCGUAUUACUGCACAGCCAAAGCCUCCGGAUCAAAUUAUGCUCCAUUUCGUACAGAUAAACUCUCGAAACGAAUCUACCAUCCUAGCUUAGCAACGCCGUCCUUCGCUGCUUCGUUUUGUGUGGAAACGCUGAUGACAAAAUUGUUGUUAAAUUAGCUCAGCAAUGCUCAGCGAGGAGUGAAAACAAAGAUUGACAAUUUCGGAGGAAAUGCCUCCAGUCAUUUCUGCUGCCUGGUUUCGAUUUCCAACCAUCGGUUCAGUUAACCGCUAAUUAUAUUUUUGAAUUAUAAAUGUAACUGAUAUUUUACGUCGAGGGUGGGUUUUAUGUCGAAGGGAGAGAAAACUACAUUGCCAUUCCUUAACCUGUAUAAAUUGGUAAAUAUUUUCUUAUUUUAUGUAUCCCUGAAUACAGCGAAAGUUUCCAUGGGUGUUGCUAAUAUCGACGAAGAAAAUUAUAGUGUUGGACAGUAUUGGAAGACUAUCCGUAUGUUCGUUUUUACCUAAAAGCUAUGAACAAGCUAAUGCUCUUUUGUGUCUUUAGACAUUUUGGUAUUGUAGCUGAGCUGGACUUCCCAUGGCGGUAAGCUUUCAUUAUUUGCUCUGUAUAUGCUGGAAUACUUGGGAAACAAAGUGUUGGUGCAAGAUUAGUGUAGCAAUUAUGCAUUAAUUUUAAAUAAGUGAACUCAGGAAGCCGGCUCAAUUAUAAUCACCUUUAAUAUUUGGAUUUAAUAUUUUACUUUAAAACUGUGUUUUAGAGCGCUUGCUUGAUCUUUAGUUAUUUAGCCUACAUUAUGCGAGCGUUACAGAAUUGCUCAAUAUUGUUUUAUCCCCGAGACGAGAAUUUCACCUAGAAGAUCCUAUCACAAAUAUAGAUCUUCAGGCUUCGGAUCUUUGCUCCGGGUUUUUUUAAAGCUAUCAAGCUUGUUUUGUUGGAGGAUAACUUAAUCUUUACACCAUCCAGCAAAAGUUAGGGCACCAGCUUAAUAUCAACUUUUAUUUGCAGAUCUGAGCAAACUGUGAAGAUUAGUAAAAAUGGGCUGCGAGCUUGAUGUAUAUUACAGCCCUACCUUAGAGUCGCUAUUUUUCCUGCACCUUCGCUAGGUUCGCCCGAGGACACUAAAUCUAGCCGGGCGUACACGUGGAAACUUUGCGCUCGUUCAAUCGCAUUACAGGCGAGCCUGAAGGAAGGGAAAUAAACGAGAGAGCGAGUACGAGGAAAAGACUUUAUCUAAUCGCUGCAGAUACAAAGGUGUGAUCUUGUAGUGAUGCCGUUGUUGUUUACCUACCCGUUUAGAAGUCGUUUAGAAGUUUUGCGGGUACUGUAAGGAAAUAAAUUUUACCAUCCCUAUCUCUGCUGCCGAUAUAGUACAGACAUACCCAAUGGUUUAGAUUACUUACAAGAGUGAGUUUAGCAUCACCUUUCGGCCUUUCCCGUCUUAAUUCAUAAGAAAUGGUCGAUGGAUUUCGAUGCAGGAAUGUGGCGCACUUGAGAGGGAAGAUGUAGAAAAAUUAUACACCUCCAACACCAUUUUCCACGUAUCGAAGGUGUAGGCAAUUUGUCCGUGAAGUAAGCAGCGGGACUUGACGCAUACAAAUACACAUUCCCGUGCGGAUAUAAUACGGUACACUCGAAGCAUUCGCCAACUUGGUCGAAUAAAAACUAUGCAACCAAAACAUGUCCCUUGUCGGAGGUAGUUUAUACGAUCGAGGGAAAAUAAAGACAUGAGACUAACCUAGAAAUAUUCCAUUCUUCUCAAGCAUAAAUACAGACUGAGAUAUUUGAUCGAAACCUGAAGAAAAGGGACACGAAACCCGACGGAAAACUUUUAAGAGUAUAAUUAGAGUCAUUAAGUCAGCUAAAUUACCAAAUUAAUCAACAUUCAGCAGUGGCCAGCAUGGGAAUAAGUUUCCCGCACAAGGAUACGAGGCAGGUGGUUUUGGUGUCUGAAAAAUGUAUCUAAGGCACCGGAGUCCGAUCCACAAACCGAGGUGAAAUUAGUGGGAAUGCAAGAUUCAGCUGGCGGAGAUAUCAAUAUUUAACUAACCAGCGGUGGUAGCGGUAGCGGUGGUAGUGAAGAUUCAUUAGUAGUGUCAUGUUCGGAAACGGCUAGCUUUGCCGGCUUAGUUAACGUAGUUGCCUCAGCAUAUAUUGUUAGUAUAUUUCAGGAUAACUGGAUUACUCGAAAAAAAUAACAAUCAGAUACCAGUGGCGAAUCAAGCCCCUUGCAAACACCACUGGGCUGGAGAAAAGGGGGAGAACGGGGAAGAAAUUUACUGUAGCUUUGAGGCAACGUUUUUUAGCCUUCCACGAAAUACACGACAUUUUGCAUCGCCUGUUAAUGUUAUAAACACAAGGCUGCCAGAAAGUGUCCCAUCAAUUACUUCUAGUCAAAAUCAAACUUCCGAUAUUUUUUAUUAAAAUUGGUUUACUUACCCGAGAAAAUUGUUGGUACGCAGCACGCUUUAGUUUCAUAAAGCAUUUACUUCGGGAGCCAAAACUGCUUCUUCGCGACCCCUUUGCUUGACACACUUUUCUUUUUAUUUUCUUUUCUUUUCCUUUCUUUUCUUUUUUUUUAUUCUAUUUUCUUUUUUUUCACAUACGCACUUCAUUUUUUCAUGCAUAAAGACACACAAUCACACUUCAAUCACACACUUUUCUUUUUAUUUUUUUUCCUUUUUUUUAUUUUAUUUUCUUUUUUUCACAUAUGCGCUUCAUUUUUUUCAUGCAUAAAGACACACAAACACACUUCUAUCACACACUUUUCUUUUUAUUAUAUUUUCUUUUUUUUUUAUUCUAUUUUCUUUUUUUUACAUACACACUUCAUUUUUUCAUGCAUAAAGACAAUGCAAACACACUUCAAUCACACACUUUUCUUUUUAUUUUAUUUUCUUUUUUUUAUUCUAUUUUCUUUUUUUCACAUACGCAUUUCAUUUUUUUCAUGCAUAAAGACACACAAACACACUUCAAUCACACACUUUUCUUUUUAUUUUAUUUUCUUUUUUUUAUUCUAUUUUUUUUUUCACAUACGCACUUCAUUUUUUUCAUGCAUAAAGACAAUGCAAACACACUUCAAUCACACACUUUUCUUUUUAUUUUAUUAUCUUUUUUUUUAUUCUAUUUUCUUUUUUUUACAUACGCACUUCAUUUUUUUCAUGCAUAAAGACACACAAACACACUUCAAUCACACACUUUUCUAUUUAUUUUAUUUUCUUUUUUUUAUUCUAUUUUCUUUUUUUCACAUACGCACUUCAUUUUUUUCAUGCAUAAAGACACACAAACACACUUCAAUCACACACUUUUCUUUUUAUUUUAUUUUCUUUUCUUUUUUUUAUUCUUUUUUCUUUUUUUCACAUACGCACUUCAUUUUUUCAUGCAUAGACACACAAACACACUUCAAUCACACACUUUUCUUUUUAUUUUAUUUUCUUUUCUUUUUCUAUUCUAUUUUCUUUUUUUCACAUACGCACUUCAUUUUUUUCAUGCAUAAAGACACACAAACACACUUCAAUGAGCUAAGUCACAUUAAAAAAAAACAUGCUCGCCUACAAUGACCACAUUUUUUAUGAUUUCACGCAAUAAGCUCAUUAGAAAACGCACACAACUUUUUUUCACCAAAAACAUAUUGCCUUUUUUUGUCGUGCACAAAGGCACACACAUACUUCAACACACACAAUCGCCUACGCAUGGUACGGCCUACGGCCAAACACGCAUGGCACAUGCACUGAUUGUACAUUUACUCGUCCACUUUGGCGUUAGCGUAAAGCAAACUGCGCUCACCAGAAUCAUCACUAGAACUUUCAAAAAUGUACAUGUAAAUGUAAAUGCGCUCGACAUGAAGUAU